UUUUUUUGUAUUUUAGAUGAUGCCAUAAACUCUCUCUUACAAUGUACCGGAAGUGUUUCUAUGUAGUCAAAAAUCUUGAUUUUAGCAUCAUCCCGGAACCGGGGGAAAGUGUUAGCUACUGUGUCUAAACAGCUACACUGAUUUAUUCACCAGAAUAAUAUCCAGGGUUUGAUGAGACAUGGGGGGUGCACAGAGCAUCGAAAUACCUGGAGGAGGAUCCGAAGGUUAUCACGUCCUCAGGGUGCAAGAGAAUUCCCCUGGGCAUCGUGCAGGAUUGGAACCAUUCUUUGACUUUAUUAUUUCCAUCAGUGACACAAGAUUGAACAAAGAUGAUGACACAUUUAAAGACUUGCUGAAGGUGAAUGUGGAGAAACCCAUCAAGAUGCUGGUAUACAGCAGCAAGACGAUUGAGCUGAGGGAGGCAACAGUCACACCCAACAACAUGUGGGGAGGUCAGGGGCUUCUGGGUGUCAGCAUCCGAUUCUGCAGCUUCGAAGGAGCCAAUGAGAAUGUGUGGCAUGUUCUGGAAGUGGAGCCAAACUCUCCUGCAGCCAUGGCUGGUUUGAGACCACAUACUGACUAUGUCAUAGGUGCAGACACUGUCAUGAACGAGUCUGAGGAUCUCUUCUCCCUCAUUGAGACGCAUGAAGGGAAAGGGCUUAAGUUGUAUGUGUAUAACACUGACACGGACAACUGUCGCGAUGUGGUUAUCAUUCCAAACUUUGAAUGGGGUGGAGAGGGCAGCCUUGGCUGUGGGAUUGGCUAUGGCUACCUGCACAGGAUACCCACACAUACAUUUGAAAAGGGUAAGAACAUCAGUGUUCCUGGACAUAUUCCAAGUGAACCAGUUUCCCCACUUAAGGAUGGCUUCACAGAGGUUCAGCUCUCUGCUGUCAGUUCUCAAUCUGCAGUGCCUUCUGAUCCAGCUGGGUUGGAACAAAAUCUCUUUGACCUGUCAGCCAGCUCAGCUCCUCUCACUGUCCCGAGCGCUCUUCAAACAGGAGUACCUACUGUGCCAAUGUUGCCUAGCCAAGUCAGCCACCUGCUAAGCACUAUACCUCCAGUCAUCCCUGCUACCACAUUACCAGGUUUCCCUCCAUUGGCCCCUCUUCCUCCCCUAAACCUAUCCAUGUUCAACUCCCAGCUGCCUCUGGUCCCAGGAGUAACUCCAUCAGAGUUCACUCUCCCACCUAGCUCCGCAAGAGGCAAUUCCCAAUGAGCAGACACCCUCAUCCUGGACGCAACACCCUCAUCAGAGCCCCAGUGGUCAGUGACACAUUGACAGAAACACUCCUCCCUACACCAGUGGCUUCCUCUGAACCUAGAGAAGCAUCAGUGACUUGACUCCUAGCAGAGAACCAUUUACCGACAAGAUCUACUGCAUUUAAAACUCAACAAGGAAAGAAUCUGGGAACACUCUGUUGUACUCCUGAAUCUAUGGCGCAUCCCCAACUAUCCACCCUUUUCCAGAAGUGUCUGUAUAUUUGCACAUUUCUUGUUAUAAUCAUUGGCUGGAGAAGUUUACACCAUUGUUAAAUCCACGAUGGGGAGUGUACACUCUGGGAAAAGGGUGGAGAAUCGGGAUGCAGCCUUGGUGGCUGAAACAACAGCAAGGGUCUUCGGAAGAACGAUGGGCGGUCAGAAAUGUGAGAAUUCUUGUGAGAGAUCUGCUUUAGCCUGUUGUAAUGCAGAUGUAUUUAUUUUUGUUGUACAAAAAAUUACUAAAACAUAUGAAUGAAAUAGUGUUUAAUUGAGACAUCCCUUUCUUGAAUAAAUUGAUUUAUUUUUCUUGUCUGCA